CCCAGGUUGCUUGGGAGAUGAGAGACGCCGAAUCUUGGUCGACCUUGGCGCCGGGCAGCAUAGGUGCAGAGGGAAAUCCUCUGAGAUCUGUACCUCGAGGGCGGCCAUGGAGCACUUUGACAGAUUCUGCCAGGACGUGUGCAGCAGUAGCCAAUACCGGUUUGAGCUCGGACCCACCGACUUGCUGGAGCGCAAAGGCUCCCUGACCCUCCGCUCCCAUCACAAGAAAUACUCGAAGCCCGUGUUGGUGUAUUCCUGGCACCAGGACAGAGAAGCUUAUCCCAAAGAUUAUGAUGUAGAGGGUCCCGAGGAAGUAAAAAAACUGUGUAAUUCUACAUAUUGGAGACUUGGAACUGAUGAACCCCUAACUUGGAUAUCAGAAACACAAGAACAAAUGGCACAAACUUAUUUAAACACAGAACUGGCUGAAAUAAAAAGCAAGGCUUUAUUGAAUGAGGAAACAUUGAACUCUGGGAUUAUUGAAAGGGACACUGGAUUGCCUAUGACAGGCUUUGGAGCGCUCUUUACUAGACACCCACCGGAUAGGCGCAAAUUGUAUGAAUUGACAACAUAUGCUGAAUACUACACUCCACCAUAUGAUUAUCAGCCACUUGGUUAUCCUUGUCAAGAUGAUUAUUCAAUAAUCCACAGAAAAUGCCGUUCUCAGUUCACAGAUCUAAAUGGCUCCAAAAGAUUUGGCAUCAACACUUGGCAUGACGAGAGUGGGAUUUAUGCUAAUUCCUAUGUAAAACAAAAACUCUACCCAUUAAAUGGUGGUCCUCUUGUCCCAUUUUUAAAAUAAUGUAUGAAGUCAGAUUCUCUAACUAAUAAAAGAAUAAGGGAUUUAACAGUUGAUGAUUUUCUAUCCUAAUAAAUGCAAUGGAAAUAUUACUAAAGUAGGUUUCUUUAAAAACAAAUUUUUCAUAUUCUAG